UUUCACUUUAAUAACGGUUUUAAUAACAUAUUUAGUUUAUCUGAUCUUGAUGACAGAACAGAAUUUUAUAUUUCUAUCACUGUAUAUUGCGGGAACACAGGCACAUUUUAUGUCAUUAUCAGUAUUGAUCAUUGGUUGCAAUAUGAUUAAACAGAAUAAUGUGAAAAUAUUGCGAUUACAACGUAAAUGUUUAACAUUGUCGUCGACAUGUGAAAGGAAAUUUUUUCAUAAUUAUCAAUUAUUCAAGUUUGAAACAAUAACAAAUAUUCAAUUAAAUCGACCAUCAGGAUUUCAGCUCGGUAACGGCGUGACUAUCACAUCAUAUACAUUUAUUACAUUUCUAGUCAAUAUUAGUACAUUUUUCUUUCUUAUUUCACAGAAUUUUGGACGAGAAUGA